GCCUGUCAACCACAAGCAUUGGCUCGCGCGCCUGUCAACCACAAGUGUUUAUGUAUUGGUGGAAUUUCCCAUGUUACAACACGGGGCGCCACUUCCGCAAUCUCCCGGACAACCCAGCUCGCCUACCUGUCUUGCUUGGUAAGUGAAGCUGUCUGGAUGGAAGGAAAGGGCCCCUAUCGGAUCUACGACCCAGGUGGGAAUGAGGCCCAGGCCAAGGACGAGGGCAGCAAUAUUAGCUACCAGCAGCUACUGGAGGAGAACAGUGUGCUGAGGGAGAGGAUGAAGGGCCUGAAAAGCCUAGGGGACCUUCUGGAAGAAUCUCAGACAGAGGCGUCAAAACUUCGUCAAAGAGUGGAGGAGCUAGUGAGAGACAAUGAAGCUCUGAGGUCUUCCACAUCCAGCUUUUCUUCAAGCAUGGGUCUCCCAGCUCAGGCAGAAGCCCAGGCUCAUGGUAAUCAUGGGCCAUCAAAUAUUUCGCUGAUAGAAAGUCAAAAAUCGCCGACAGAGAGGAUCUCGCGCCCCGAUUCCAGUGAAGGCUCGUCUGAGUUUGAAGUUGUAAAUUUGGAAGAAAAACAUUGUGCUGCUGAGGACACGGCUGCCAUGAUGCAGCCACCACAAGAUGCUCUGGAGCUCGCCAGCCAGCUGCAGAAGCUGGAGAGCUCCUUCAGUGUUUUUACCCAAGAGUCCAACCCCAACCAACUGCUGGCCCACCUCGGCCGCAUGGCGUUGGAGUUCAAUCGCCUCUCCUCCAAAGUGCAGAAGAAUGAGCAGAGGACCUCCCUCCUGCAGACUCUGUGUGAACAGCUGAGACAUGAAAACAAUGAACUUCGGAAGAAAAUGGAAGAUGACCUGCAGUAUAGAAAUCAGGACUUGGAACAGCUCAGGCAGGAAAACCAGAAGCUGAAGAAGUUGGUCACUGGAACGGUCACUAGUGAACCAAUGGCAAGUCAGCAACAGGGAGGCAAACAGGAGGCGGUUAAACCAGAACCUGCCGGAACCAAGAUGGAGAUGACCAUUGCUCAGCAGUGUUGUUUUCCAUUUCCUCAGAGUGGCAAAGCUGUAGAGAAGGCCCCACCCAAGACCUGCGACCCAGAAGUAUAUGAGAAGAAGAUCAAGCUGCUGGAAAAACAGAGAAAGGAUGUUCUUGAGGUGAACAAGCAAUGGGACAUACAGUGGAAUUCGAUGAAGCUCCAAUAUGAACAAAAGAUCACAGAGCUAAGGCAACGUCUGGCUGAGUCCCAGAAAAGCGUCGCGGAGUUGGAGGCGGAUCGGGAGCAGAGGCAGCGUGACUACGACAAGAAGCUGCUUCUGGCCAAAUCCAAGAUCGAAAAUGUGCAGGGGGAGAAGGAGUGUCUGACCUCUGAAACCUGUGAGCUGAAGCACAAGGUGCGAUAUCUCCAGGAUCAGCUGAUGCCUUUGAGUAAGCAGAGAGAGUACCAAGACAAAGAGAUUCAGCGCCUUAACCGGGCUCUGGAGGAGGCCCUCAACCUGCACCCCCCGAAUUCCACGCAGCAGCCAUUUUUUGGGAAUCAGGCCGAGGGUGCUUCAAACGUGCGGCGUCAGGACCUGCUAACCCAGAUCACAGUGUUGACAGAGCAGGUGAAGAUCUUUGAGGAGGACUUCCAGAAGGAGCGCAGUGACCGAGAGCGCAUGAAUGAGGAGAAGGAGGACCUGAGACGGCAGGUGGACAGGCUUCAGGUUCAGAUCACCAAUCUAACCAAUCAGCUGCACCAAGCUCAGAGUGAGUGUCAGAGGGAACGCACAGAGCGGUGUAAACUAGAAAGACUGCACAUGCAACUUAAACAGGGCCAGCAUGAAAGACACACUUCUGAUCCUACAUCUAGUUCCGCCAAUGGCCCCAUGAGCCCCGCUUACUGCGGCCCGUUUGUGCAGCCUGCCCACCAAGGUUUUGAGGGCUGGCCUGUUCAGUUUCAGUCCAGGAUGCCCAACCUCAGCACUCAGCUCAGCCGGGAUUUCCAAGCCUUCCAGCCGGGCUUUCCCUGGCAGCCGCCCUGUCCGCAGCAGCGUGGUACGAGAGGCCCUGGGGAGGCAGCACGCCCACCCCCAGAGAAUGCAGCAGAUCCAACAGCAGCUGGGCUUGGAAAAAGGGAUCGACAGAAUAUUGACCCUGGAAAGCACUAAAAGAUUGUUCAGCCACAAAAUGGUGAUUGAUUAGUAGCAAAGGGUGGUUCAUAAAUCAGUAGGCAAGGUGUGAUUUUAAUCUGUAAUUUUCCUACUGUAUAAAUAUUGUAUCGUAAUGUUUAUGCCUACAUUUUAUAAGCCCCUUUGUGAGAUUGUUGUAUGAUAUAGAUUUCUCAUUUCUUUAUAAUUUUAUUAUUAUUAUUAGUAUUAUUGUGUGAUACUUAUUCUUUGCUAUGUAUUACAAAUUAAACAGUGACAUGAUAUUAAAUAGGCAACAUAUCUUCAAAUGUGUAAUGAAAAGUACUGCAAAGAUGUACUAUGUAACUGCAGUUGAUAUGUUACUUAUAACGUAAUCUGGGAGGAAUAUUCAGAUAUAAUGUACCAAAAUGCUCAUAGAAAUGUGUGGAGGAGAGUUGAAUCAAUUAGCAGCUACUCGGUAGUAAAACUAUCAGCUUGAUGAUUUACAGGUUUCUAUCCUUGGUUAGAUUCAGUGUAGCUUGAUUUACGUUCAAUUCAGUUCCAACAUUUAAAAAGCAGAGUUUUAUAGCUACAGAUGUUCAGUCAAUAUUUUGAAAUUAACCUUUUUUUAAAACAGACCAUUUGAUGGUUACAUAUACCAAAAAUGUGGCUGGUAAUACAUAAUAUAUAAAUUGUUUUAUAAUUACAUUACCUGUAUCUAAACAUUGUACAUGUUAUAAUAUUCGUUAUAUGUUUUUUGUCAGUGUCUCCUUCAAUGCCUUGAAUUACAUUGAUAAAUUUGUUUAUUAAAAAAAGUAUUCGAUUAGAUUCUUAAAUGUCCUUAGGAAAUCCAUUAAGCUGUACGAAACCGUGCCUGGUUUGGUUCAUGCCUGGACCUUUCUCUUUGGAGGGCCAAUUAUGAGUGGAAGUAUAUAAUAUAUAUUAUUGGACAAUCUCCAUUGUGAGUAAGUUAAUUAAAUACUGGCUACCUUGGAAUCAUUUAAUGUGUUCCCAGUGGAAAACGGUCAUCUAAUGUGAACAUUUUUGUGUUUCAUUUAAUAUAAUAAACAUAUUCUCACCCGCA